AUGGCUGUGAGGCAGUACGAGUCCCCCAACACUGCAAGAGCACGUGACGGGCACCCAACAACUCUGGACCCAAUAACAUUCACCUCAAAGAUUGCAAUGGCCGAGAACACGAUGACACUGCCUAUAUCCCGGACUCGGGAUCGCGCCACGCAAGGUCCUAGUGGCGACGCCCAGAGUCCCAGUGGAGAUGCUCAAGAACGCCCCUAUCAGCUCUCGCAGCAGCUCAAAAUGUGGCGGGACGAAGUGCGCGAACUUCAAAUGUUUUUGAGGCGAACAGCGCAAGUUCAGGCACAUCAAAAUGGAAACAGCGAAGCCCACGUCCCCGGUGAGGAGGCUAGUGUCGACACCAGCAACGCUGACGUAGCUGCUGGCUCUGUCAAGGAGACCGUCGAGAUUAUGGUCGGCCUGGAUACUGCUAAGGAGACGUUUAUCAUGGACAAGCAGGCCCUGUGCGCCAGCUCAAGGUUCUUCAACAGUAUCCUCUCGGGUACAUGGAGGGAAGCUGGACAGCAAGCGAAUGACAACAAAGUGUGUCUCAAGAACGUUGAGCAUGCGACAUUCGAACAAUUCACAAUGUUCCUCUCCGUGCCCGACAGUAAACAGCCGCCCGCCAACCUCGCGAUCCUACUCGACUACGAUGCCAUCGCCAAACUCUACGUCUUCGCGAGACGGUACCUAGUCAACGGCCUUCAAGACCUGCUGGUAGAUACUUUCCGAUACCGUCUUCAGGUGGUGCCACAACUACUGGAGCCCGCCACGGUGUCAUAUAUCCAGAAACACGCCGGCGAGAACUCCAAGCUUCUCCUAUUGCUGAUGCACUACACGGGCAUGACGCUCGUACCCUACAUGGACCGCAGCCAAGCCCCGGCGUCGAUGAGGUGGUACCACGGCAUCACGACAGAUAUCAGCAAAACGCUUUUCCGCCGGACCCGUGUCCCACCAUCACCGAUUCAAUGGCAAGCCUACCUCCAAGGACCCUGUAGAUGGCAUGUCCACGACGACGGCGUUCUCUGCGAACAGGAGCACGACCAUAUCGGGCACCUCAAAUCUGAGCAGAGGUCCCUAGAGAGACGACAAGAGAGAUCUGAGGCCCGGCGGAAACGCUCUCUGAGCAUUUCCACGACGCUGGUCCUCGAGGCUCGCAAGCGUUCGAAUCUUCAGAUGAAUGAACCAGCAGGGCCGGAUUUGUCGACCGCGCGUGAUACUCGCUUGCAGACCCCACCGCCUGAGGACUCGGAUGCGGACCCAGCGGAUAGCGUUUUCGGGGACGAUGACGAGGAAUGA